CCACAACACGCCUUAUAUAACAAGUGGGACGUUGAGGUUGUUUACAGUGUGAGUGCGUGCCUGAGAAAUGAAUGGUUACAAUGCAGCAUUAUUAUGCACUUCUCAAAUCCUCAUUAAUCCAAAUGAGCUCAACUGGCCUGUCAAUCACUCUGUUAAAAAGCAUAUUCGAAAUAUCAACUUUAAUAAUAACAGUGCACUUUCUGUCGUAAACACGUUCAUAAAACAUGUCGUGACGAGUUUAUGGUGUUGUUAUUCUGCACAACACUUUCGUUUUACAGCAUUCCCCUGAAGAUUGACUUGUUUUUCAAUGGAGCUUUGCUGAUAAUUUCAGUUUCUACAUGAGAAAGCAGGGCGGGGGCGGGGUUUUGGCGUGCUUGAAUUAUGAAAGCAGCCAAUGAGGAGCGCCGUAGUCAGGUGAUUGACAGGCACGGCCCCCCUAUGACUCUGUGUUUUAUUCUGUUUUUAGAGCAGCAGCAGCGUCACAUGUUGUUUUUCUCCACGAUCGGAUCGAGUCGCGCAGCACUGUCUCUCUCACCGUGGCUGACGGCGGACACGCAUAUCGGUGUCUGCAAUGGAUCCGGUUUAAAAACGGGUGAGCUUUGAGUUUCUUAUACAUUGAGUUUAUUAUUUUUGUUGCUCUAAAAAGAAGUGGAAAGAAAUGGCAAGUCCUCCAGCGACAACAGGGGGACACCUGUUAUCUAACGGGACGAACGGAGUGAAGAAGUGCGGGUACCUGAGGAAGCAGAAACACGGACACAGGCGCUUUUUUGUCCUCCGAGAGCCCACGGAGCGAUACCCCGCGAGGUUGGAGUAUUACGAGAGCGAGAAGAAAUGGAGGAACAAGUCCGCAGCGAAACGGGUCAUUACUUUGGACUCCUGUCUGUGCGUAAACAAACGCGCCGACGCCAAACACAAGCACCUCAUCGCCCUCUACACCAAGGACGAGUACUUCGCCGUGGCUGCCGACAACGAGCAGGAGCAGGAGAGCUGGUACACUGUGUUGACUGAUCUAAUAGCCGAGGGGAAAGUGUACGACAGCCCAGCUUCCACUUCCUCUUUAGUGGGCUUUGAGGAAUCCAGCUAUGGACUUAUUACUCCUGCAACAGCUGCUUACAAAGAGGUCUGGCAAGUCAACUUGAAAUCCAAAGGUUUGGGUCAAAUCAAGAACCUCACUGGAGUGUACAGGCUGUGUUUGUCGAGCAGAACCAUCAGCUUUGUCAAACUGAACUCAGAAACAGCUGCUGUGAGUUUACAGCUCAUGAACAUUCGCAGAUGCGGUCAUUCGGACAGCUUCUUCUUCAUUGAGGUGGGGAGGUCAGCGGUCACUGGACCAGGGGAGUUCUGGAUGCAGGCGGAGGACUCUGUGGUGGCGCAGAACAUCCACGAGACCAUCCUCGAAGCCAUGAAAGCCAUGAAGGAGCUCUCAGAGUUCAGGCCGCGCAGCAAAAGCCAGUCGGCCAGCACUAACCCCAUCUCUGUGCCCACAAGACGCAACCUCAACAACCUCCCCCCAAGUCAGACGGGCCUGGUGAGGAGAUCCAGGACAGAUAGCAUGGCAACGACGUCCCCCGGGAGGAAGUUCACAUCCUGUCGAAUAAGAACAGCCAGCGAGGGGGACGGGAGCGUGACCCGGCCCGUGUCCAUGUCUAUAUCUGUGAAUGGAAGCCCAACAAGUCCGAACUCGGGGAAUCUCAGCAGGUGCAACACCCUCAGCAGCGGGCGCACCUGCAGGAUGCUCGAAUCCUCCUCCAACCUGCAUCACAGCCGCUCCAUGCCGGUGUCCAACUCCCCACCAGCUGCCUCCAGCCCCAUCAGCAUGUCUCCCAGAGGGGGGGCGAGCAUCUGCACUCCAGAUAAAGCAAGACGACCCUUCAGCUGCAGCGCCUCCAUCUCUGGCUCCCUCAGCGACACUGGUUUCAUGCUCUGUGACGACUACAGCUCCAGCCCAGGUGACCCUAAAUUCCUCCCCCUAACCCGCAGUGACACCCCCGACUCCCUGUCCAGCACUCCUCCUUCCCGUGACAUUAGCGACCCUUGUGGCUACAUGAUAAUGGAGGGGUCCGGCAGCAGCAGGUCUGGGCUCGGCGGAGAGGGUCUUGUAUACGAUAAGGCGUACAGGAAGAGGACGCACUCCCUCACAACGCCUCGCCAACAGAGGGUCGUGGCGCCGCUGUCCUCUGCUUCCUUGGAUGACUACACUCUCAUGAGGAUGGCCCACGGGCAGAACUCUCACUCCGCCUCACCCAAAGUGUGCUACCCAGAGGAUUACGGUGACAUCGAGAUCGGUUCAUCCAGGAGCUCCAGUAGUAACCUUGGAGACGAUGGCUACAUGCCAAUGACACCAGGUGUGGCCUCCCAGUCAGCUAAGGUCGACAACUAUGUCCCCAUGAGUCCUAUGUGCGUCUCAGCUCCCAAGCAGAUUGUGAACCCUAGGGUGCACCCGCAGGCGGUUGCCAGCGGCGGCUACAAGACCAACUCUCCCUGCAGCAGCUCACUGGAGGACAACGGCUACAUGAGAAUGUGGUGUGGAUCCAAGUCCUCCAUUGAGAGCCCAGACAGGAACGGCGAGUACAUGAAUAUGUCACCUGGAAACCCACCCCAACUCCAGACGCCCCCUGACUACUACUUGGGUCUGCUGGCUGGUGAACCCGCGUCGGUUCGGCCGUCCUAUCAGGCCGGUUCUCUCACGCUACCUGCUAAACUCCAGGCCUCCAAGAACGACGAAAGCAACCAGUACGUGCUGAUGAGUCCUCAAAGUUUGAGACAGAGGGUGGGGGAGUCAGACUAUUACUCAGUGAUGCACCCCAGCCAGACCUCACCACUGAGCCCCUCAGUCCCUUCCCCAAUCAGGCAUGGCCGAGCGGAAAGCCUCCCCUACAGAGGGAGAAUGGGCAGACCCAACAGACUUUCUCUGGACACCCUGAGGACCCUACCCAGCAUGAAUGAACACCCCCUUCCCGGGGAACCCCGCAGCCCCGGCGAGUACAUCAACAUCGACUUCAGCAGCGCCAGAUACUCCCCGCCCUCCACUGUAUCCACUGAAAGCAGGUCUUCAUCACUUGGAUCCAGCGGCGGGGGACCAGGGCGGUCUUCUCUGUCCGACUACAUGAACCUAGAGCUGGGCUCACACUCACCCAAAGAGGCUGACACUCCCGCUGAGCGCUUGGACACACUGCAAGAGUUGUCCAUGUGCUCGGAGGAGGACGGAGUGUACCAUCUGGACCACGAGAAAGGAUCUCAGGGCCUGGGUGGUGAUGGGAAAAACGAGUACACGGAGAUGACUUUUGGGAUGACCAGCUCGCCUCCUCAGCUUGUUCCUCAAAACGCAGCUAGGUAUGUACACCAGAAGUCAAUGAAUGAAUGAAUUAAAAGUGCCAUAAUCUGAACACCAUUGAUGCUGAUAAUGCGAGUGGAGAACUGAAAAAUGAUCUUCUGUAAUAGAUUCUUACUGCUAUAAACAGGAUUGAACUUGUUACUAAGUUAAUGCACUUUAUAGUAUAGCAAUAUGCUGUGUGUAAAAACUAGGGGUCGACUGAUAUCAGUUUUUCAGGGCCGAUACUAAUACUAAUAAUUGACUGAUAGCUGAUAUUUGGAACUGAUUUGCAUUUGCGGUGGAAAUGAAAAUUUAGCUUUGAAUAUGACCAACUCCAUUUAAACUGAAACUUUCAACAUCGAAUUCGGGAGGUUGCCAGGUUUGAAGUAUCGGGCCAUAGAUAGAGUGAAUGGAGCUAAUCAGGUUGAGUUGUGUGUGUGUGGGGGGGGAUAUUAGCCCAGACAGAGUGGCGAGGUGGUGCACUAUUUAGUUAAUUGAUUGUGUUGUUAACCAGUAAAAUACAACGCCAAUGCAGAUAUCGGUCACAGGAAAGUAUCGGCCUGAUUAUGGGCCGAGCUGAUAAUCAGUCGACCCUUAUUUUGUUUGACGUAUGAAAUUAAAAAGAUUCUUCCUGACUUCUUCCAUCAGCAGCCAGAUAAUUAGGGAGCGGAGACUCUCUCUGGAGGACCAGGGUGUCCCAAAGAGCAUUGGAGUCUUCCUGCUCGGCGCCCCCUCUCCCUCCACACUGGACCCCGACUGCUCUGCCAAGGUAAUCCGCGCCAACCCGCAGGGACGCCGGCGUCACAGCUCUGAAACCUUCUCCGCCACCGCCACUGCCACCGUGACGCCGGUCUUCCCCUCCUUCGCCCGGGGGGACGCGGUCAAGAGGCACAGCUCGGUGGAGAACAUCUCAUCCCGGAGCAGCGAGGGCUCCGACGAGGAGUACGGCAGCCCCGUGAACCAGCAGAGCUCGGCGGGGUACCCUAACGGACUGAACUACAUCGCCUUGAACCUACUGGACAACAGGGACGUGGAGAAAUGCGAGAACCUGGCAGGCUUCAAACCGGCCAGCAGCUGCAAAGGUGGCAUCAAUGGAUUACACAGCUCACCAUAUGUGUGUUUGGGAUUCAAGGAGGCUGCAACUACUGCCAAAGGUGAGUGAGUUUGAUGUCAGCUGUUUUACCGCUGAAUUCUUUCCUUUGCAGGUGUUAUUGUUUUCACGCAGGAAACUUUGCAUUUGCGGUAUGUGAAACAUCCUAUUUUUAAAAUCAUACAAAAAAAGACAGGGGUUUGGUUGAGCUGAAUGAGGAAACAGCUGCGCUGGUAGUCAAAUGAAGGGAGAAAAAAAACAGAGAUGAAAGCAAACCUGCAUUUCCUGUUAAUUCAAAUCCACAGUGUCUCUGUGGAUUACAAACAACAUGAGUAGGUGGUGCUGAUGUGGCCUUAAGCUGCGAGGUUUAAGAAUAUACAGGUUCUGCAGCAUUUCUUUUCUUUUUUUUUGCACAUUUCCCUGAUAAACAAGAUUGCAACACAACAUUCAAAAAACAGAGGAGUGGAUCAGAUUACGCUUUGAUUCAGUUGAUCCUUUGCUGCUUCUUUCAAAAUCAUUCAUAUUUGGUAAUAGCUGCGUUUUUCUGCGGCAUGUGAACGCAGCACGAGGCUGCUAUGAAACGUGACCAGGCUGAGAGCUCUGAAGUAAACAAGCACCAUGACAGAGCAGGACGCUGCCUCGCUGCUCCUGCUCCUGCUGCUGCUGUCGUGGGCUGUGGACGCUAAAAAUACUCGAGCAGAUUUUAGGAUUCCGCCGACGCUUGUUGUGAAUGAAAGUUGUUUGUGCAUAAAGCAAAAAUGAAACGCUGAAUAGACCCUGGAAAUACAGCCAGCGUUUAAUUAUAGCCCGUGAAACGAUUUUACUAUUAAGUGUUACGAAAUCUGUAAAGCUCAAGGAAUGCCUCAGAGUGAAUAGGUAAUGUCACAACAAGCUGCAGGCAUUUCCGGCUGUUGUUUUUCAGUUGGGUAGGCUUUAGGAUGUGUUGCACAUCAAUAUGACCUCUAUAGACCCCUUAUUCCCACCACGCCGUGAUCAAUACCCCCCUCCGAAAAUAACAAAACAAACGCUGUGACGCUGGAUGCAGACGGCGUAAACAAAGCGGUCAGAGGCGGCAGAUUGUUGACACAAAAGCCAAGUUUGACUAUCUGUCCCCUCACCUACAGUGAGCUCAAAUGUGUUUGUGAGCACACAGAAGGGGGUGGGAGCAGGGGAGGGGGGGAGGGAGGACUCCUACGCUGACAUGUGAGGCCCCAGCACAAGUGGAUAUGUGUUUGUGUCCUUGUAGGCAGCAAGAGAGGGGAAAACAACAAAGUGGGCGAGUUGCUAUGCAGCCAUCAGGUAACUGGAUGUCACGGUCUGCAUUCCUGGCAGAGCGGGGUUUGAAAAGUUCCUGUGAGAGGGGGCCUGUUUUUGUCCUCGGCUCUGGGCCACUUUGAAUAGAAAGUGGCUUUUAUUUCACCGCGAGGGCUCCGUGUGUGGGGAGAGAAGUUAUGUUACGUUUCAUCUUAACACACUGAACACAGAAAUGAUUAAAAAAUCACUCGUAAUAAAGUCGAUUUGAUAAUAAAGGGGCAUUCCACGGAGGCUAAGGGAGAGAUUUACCAUUUUAUGUGUUAAUAUUUUGCUUCCCUCUGUUCUGGAGUUGAGGACGUAUUUUUCAGCCUCUUUUUUUAAGUUGAAAAGGAGGUAAAUGAAGUCAAUAAUGGUCUAGUGCUUCCUUUCAAACCCUAGAUUAACGUCAAAAGGACGAAUAACAACAUGUGGGCACACUCGGUUUGUUUUUGUCCGAGCAGUGUGGGCUCGCACGUGUUCCUCCCUCAUGCUUUGUCAGAGUACAAACAUUUUAUUGGCGCUAAUAAAGCUCGCUGAAUGUAAAUGAAUAGGGAGAGGGAAAGGAGAAGACACAAGCACAUACAUGUGGACUCUCGCACGUACGCAUGCAGAGCAGCGAGGGGUGUUUUUCUCUCUCAGGGAUCUUUUUUUUUUUUUUUUUUUUUUUCCAGUGGCGUUGCCUGCAUCCGUGAACACUUGGCAGAGAUGCGCAGAGAGAGAGAGAGAGAGAGAAAAAGAGGGAGAGAGAAACGACUGUUUUGUUUUCCAGUGCUGCUUGCCUGCCUGUUUGUGGAAGAGCGAAUGAAUGCGUGCAUAAUGGGGCAGCAUGGCACGUGCACUCCGCUGCCCUUCUGCCUCAUUAGGCUGUUCACUUAGCAGAAGUAAGACAAGCAGAGAGAGAGAGGGGGGGGGAGAUGGAGCACAGCCUUGUAAGCUCAGUAGGAAAAAGAGGAGGUGGUCGAAGAGGAGGAGGAGGAGGAGGAAGGGGGCUUGGGCUUUUUACAGCAACAAACAAACUCAUUGGUGAGGUGCAUUCUGGGAGCCCAGAAUGGCAGACCUGAUGGCUUGUUUACUGAACACUCAGUCCUGCUGCUGUGUGGCGAAGAGAGGUGAAGGAGGUCGAAGUGCUUGGUGAGGGUUCCUGGCGCCGAGCCCGACUCACGGACAGCUUUGAUUUCAUGUUUAUCAGGACGUCACGCUGGGAGCUCGGACUAUGACCCAAAAGUCUGCCAGUUUCAUUCCCAGCCAAACCCCCCUCCACUGUUUGUAUUUUUACCCAUUUUUGGUUCAGGGGGACUCCUUGGAGUUUGUCAGGAUCAAAGUAAUGUACCGCUUAACCUCAACUGGCCCUUGGAAUUUAGCAUUGGCCCCCGGACCCAUGUGACAGCCCCCUCGGUGAGAAACGUGACUGCACCUCCUCAAGUCAACAAAACCCAAGUCAAGAGCUUUUGACAGCUGGAUGCUCUUUUAUCCUUUUUUUUUUUUUUGGGUGUUCCACCUGGAGUCAGCUUAGUUAGCUUAAUGCCCGGCAUCAGGUGUUUGUUUACCUUGUUCUGUCAGCAGAACAGGAUCCCAUGUGACUCCAAGGUAGUGUUUACCUCCUUUCGAACCCAAGCUGCUUGCCUCCUCUGGUUGCCCUGGCUAGCCGCAGCUCAGCCAGAUGGAUGUUCUGUACCAGACUCAGAUUAGCCGAGUCAGCCGUCUCUGUUUGUUUCCUUCGCUUGUCUUAUAAAUACCUUUAUCUGACGGCUGAUGCCUCUGAGAUGACUAAAGACGCUCUAUUAGUGGAGUAAGAUUAUUCCCAGUACAUCUCGGUUAAUAUGCCGCUAAUCAUUUCAUCUUGGCAGCACUGUAGGUAGAAGACAAGAGUAGGGCUUGGCGAUAUGGGAAAAAGUUUAUCACGAUAUACUUCUUUCAUAUCAGUCGAUAUCAGUAUAUAUCACGAUAUAAAAAAAUUACUUGUCAAUCUUAAAUGAAAUUUGACAGUGCUAUGUACAAGGGCCCGACCGAUUUAUCGGCGAGCUGAUUAAAUCGGCCAAUUUUAGUCCGUUUGAGACUAGUCAGUAAUCGGCCAAAACUCGCCAAUUUUCACCAAUAUUUUCAGAAAUAAAAUGCGGAGAAUAAGAUUCAGUUUCACUUCGAAAGUAAGUAACUAUACAAAAUAAGUCACAAGUUUCAGUUCAACCCACUUCACGAUGUUCCCCGCUUUGCUGGUCUCGGUCACGCCGAGUUAAAGGUGAAGCACCAUGUAAUAUGCAAGCUAAAGUUAGAGUUAGCCAUCUGCUAUUAGCCUUGCUACACUGUUAGCCGUUCCAGUAACGGUAGAAUAAACAACAGUACACAUUAUAUGAUCGAGCUACUUCUCUUACUGAGGCAGCUGCUGGUCCGAGUUUGAUCAGUCGGUCUUCCUGUCAGCAUGAAGAGCAGUAGCCGAUCUACAGUAUAUCGUAUACUGUAGAUAUCUACAGUAUAUAUAUAUUUUUUAUAACUUAAUAAAAAAAUGUAAAAAUCACCUGAUUAAUUGGUGAUCUGAUUUUUUCCCCUAAUAAUCAGCCCCAAAAAAUCCAUAUCGGUUUGGCCCUAAUAUCAUUAUCGUAUUAUCGUUUUAUCGCCUCGCCCUAGACAAGAGGGUAGGGUUUGUGCAGUUGGUCUGAUACAGACACCAGGAUAGGGAUUGGCUCCAGUUGACCUUAAAAGUGGCGUUUGAUAUCUCAGAAUCAAUGCACGCAUAUUUUUCCUUAAUCUAUAAUCUUCUGAUACCUAAGGAGUUCUCAGUAUCUUCAAGAAAAACAUAAGGGGGCUUCAAGACUCGAGGAGCCCCGCUGUGACACUCCGAGUCCCUCCUGAGUGCUUGUGGCAGAUGGUCACUCUCUGGAGGGCAAGUGUGUGAGAGUGUGUGCGUAUAGUUGUGGGGUGAGGAGGUAGAAAGGAGGGGUGGGGGGGGGGUUAAACACCUGCCAUGCUGCACUAUCCUCUCACGCAAACCUUCUCAUUACACCAAUUUCCUUUCCUAUGCCCACUCUAGCACGUAAAUACACACGGCUAUAUCGCUCUUCCGAGCAAACACACACAUCCCCACCUACUCACUAUCCCUCUGCUAAUGACGGCCCACCAUCUGCCGCACCCACGGGCUGCACAGAGCAUGACCAUCAGCAUCAUGCGUGUGCGCGCAACUGUGUGUGUAUGUGUAAUUUAUCGGCCAGAUUAGAGGCAUUCGUGUCCAUCUGCACAAAUCCCACUUCCUCCUAACGUCAUUCAGAGAGUAGUAUUUUCAAUGAUGUCAUUGCAAAGAGAGGAGAGGAGGCAGUGGGUGGAUCUGAAAAACGCACCCGGAGCGAGUUACGUAGAAAUGUGUUAUUUACAUUUCCUGUGCAGUGAGCGAAAGAGGUCUUGCCGCACAGCCAUGCAUCCCUAACUCGCUCUGAGCAUGCUCAGUUGGCGCUUUGAGGGGAGAGGGAACAGAGGAAGUGAUUUGUUCCCAGAUACACAAUGAGAGAAUGAGAGAAUCAACCGAAAAAUAAACAUUUAGAGAUUUAGUAUCUGUACAUCAUGUUAUUAAAUGAUACUGGAAAAACCUGCGUGGAAAAGGGACACAGCUGAAGACCAGCACUGCAUGGUUUUGAUCUUAGCAUCAAAAUUAGACACGACUCUGUAGUGGAAGUCACCGCAUCAGCUCAUUAAAACCACUCCCUGCAUCUCCAAAUGUGUGUCAAAGCUAAAAGCGAGUCGAUACUCCAAUCCCAUCUUCUGCUUUUAAAGAAAAGUAGCACCACCCACUGUCGAACCACCCAAAAGGGCGACACCUGAUUGAACCCAUCAUCCUAAGUGUCCAAUCCCUCGCCGCUAAACAAUUCAUUUACUCCCUCGCCAGCGUGCAUUGCAGCUAAGAUCUGGCAGACACAACAAAGCAGUGGCAGGAAAUCCAGAAAUGCCAUGUUACUUGAUAUAUAGAGAACAAACAUGCACACGUAACACCGCAGGGCUCUUGUGUCAGAGUUUCCAGGCAGAGUGUAUGUGCAUGUGUGUGUGUGUGUCAUGCCACAAGGGAGGAGGGGGGCUAAAGUAGGGCGGGAUGUUCCAGACAGGAGCGCUCACUGCUAGAUAACUGCGUGGCCAGCGUUCCCCACAUUUAGCCAGCCACGGCUCCAGAUGAGAUUACAGCCUCUACAGGCGAGAUUAGACGGCCAGGGGUAGAUCAGCGAUGGUCAGUGGCUUCUCCGCAGACAGCAGCUGGGUAAUACGUAACGCAAGGUGUGUGCAUAUGCGCCGUCUGACCUGUCCAGAUUGGGCUUGUUAUCAAAAUCAUCCGCGGAAAUAGAGGAGAAAUUUACGUGGAAAUCGGCCACGGGAUUAUACCUGUGGGGCCCUGAGACAAUGUUCCCAAACAGUAAUAUUCUCUCAUUCAUUGAUCCACUUUGUCCCCAAAAAUAGUCAGGACGUACAAGGGGAUUCAGGAUAUUUUGAUAUUACAUAAUAGAAGAUAUUAAAUCCUUAGAUUUAUCAAAGGAUUAAGUGACUUAGCAUACCUUAUUAAACUACCCUUUAUCCUGCUCUGUUUGUCAUUUUUAAAGUGUUUUUUUAUGGGGUCUUUUUCUUAAAUCUGUAUUGAGUAGGAGUCCUAAAAUUGCUUCCCUUCACUUCCAGUCAUUUUGAGGUGGUUAGCCAUCUUUUUCUGAUAAUUGCGACCUUUCCCUCGUGAGAUUUCCUCCUGAAAGCAUGCUCCGAGGCCCUUUUCUCACCCCUCUGUAUGUACAUCAAGGAUGCAUCCGCCACUCUGUUACAAGCUGGUCCGCCUCUGCUCGGCUUGUGUCCAUAGCAACGCGACAGGAGACCCCCAACCCCCAUCCUUCUACAUCCCAGAUUAUGUAAUUAUUGCAGACCAGGCUUCCUCCCCCCCUCGGCCUGUCCGUCCGUCCUCUAAACGCUUCCCGGGCAAAACAGCUGGUGCGACAAGAAACGACACAUCUAACUAAAGCAUGAUGGGAUUGGAGGGCUCAGGUGGAAGGGCGGCGAGUCCAGGUGCAGCCCAGUUGGCCGACUGGAAAAGAUUAUAGCUCAUGUAUAUACAGGAGAGUAUGCACGCUGCAAAAAUAAUUAAAACGACCCUGAAAAGACCCUCAAACAAAGUCGACACGACUAAAACCUCGGCUUAUUCAACGAGUGUGCGGUACUCUCUGUUCUUGUUACCCAAGCUGUUUUGCCCACCGUCUCCUUGUUAUUCUGAGACAAGUACAAACUUAAUCUGUAAACGACUUCACGCCGUACAGUACAACACACUGUUCUCACAACCAACAUGUUUGCUGCCUGAAAGCCAAGCAUUGUGUGCUCCAGCGUCACUUAUUGGAAAAUAUUGCGGCUACGAAUCACAGCUUUCUCACUUUAUUUUUACAGUCAGGAGAGAGUGAUCAUGAGCUCUUAAAACAUUCCUUCUCUUUACGUAAGUUAAUUGGAGCUCAAUCAUUCAGAGCCAUUAGAUGUCCUAAGAUUUUAUAGAAACACCCUUGAGUCUGGAGCUUGUGAAGCAGUGUACUUAAAGGUAUAUUACGGCGUAAAAUUAACUUAAGGUCAAACACACCGUAACACCGAGUUAGACACCCCUUCAAGAGAUGAAUGUUGCCGACCGCUUGCUUCUCUAGUUAUACCAACUUUAGUAACGACCGCACGAUAGCAAUACACAGCCGUCUGAGGAGCCAUAAACAAACCUCAACCAAAACGCCACUCUAUAGCCACAAAUAAUACUCAGAACAGCACCUAACUUCAUCAACUGUACAUGUAGGGUCCUAGCCAUAGUACUAGCCACCGAACUUCUUUUUAGCUUUGCCUAAUUUCUUUGGCAAAGAGACUAAACACAACUCACCUACUCUCCUCCAGCAACCGCUUGUUUGUAUGGGGAGCCCUGAUGAGGCGAUCACCAAGUGCAGCGGAGUUUCGCAGCUCAAGGAAGAACAUUUAUGAUUAUUACCUAAUAGAAAUGCAAUCAGAGUUCUUGUGUAUCUUGAAUUUCAGUUUAAUUAUUGAGUGCUGGCCAGGAAAUGAGCGCAGAUGAGCAUAGCAUUUUUAACUUCCCUUCUUUACGUUCGUGCUGUCUCCUCACUCUUCAUGAGAUAAACAAUCGCGUUUGACUUCAUGUAAAAUUUCGUGUUUGUUUACGCAAGUUUCCCCUGCAAAUAUGCAAAGUUAAAAAUGUUCAUCUGCACCCCACUGUAGCUUUAAGUUCUUAUAUAUAUCAGUUUUUUCUUUAUUUCUUGAGAUGAGUGUUUUCCUUGACUGCAGAAUGGAAAGCAUUUGUUUGUCUUUAACCCCUGAGUGUAAACAAAACCUCUGUUUACACGAAAAACACACAGUACGGCUUUAAGUUUCACUGCAUUUUACAUUCAUACAUAUGAAUGAAUGGAUGGAAAUGUCUCUGUAAGGCUGUAUCUCAUAGUAGAUGUUGCUGUUUAAUGGUAUUAGAUUUGGUUUUUGUGCUGGAACUACUUAAAUAAUGGAUAUUUCCACUAAUGCACCUCUUCCUUUCUUGUCGUCUCUUUCAGACUGAAGGACCCCUCUCUCCUCAGACUUGGCGUCUUCACUGAACUGCUGCUUGAAAAGAAAAGAAAAAAAAACAAAAAACGAGACAAACGAAGAACUCAGCCCUGCCACUGGGCUCCAUCGCCCUAAAAGACUGUCUGGACCCUCAGUGACACUCACACACAAAUGCAUACACACACACACACACACACUCUGGAAACAAGCAGGUCACCAUCUAUGCAUGUUAUGAAUUUCCCUGAAGGCACGACAGGUGUGUUUGUGCACCGGUGUGUAUUGUGUAUCGGUGCGUCUCAUGUUCCCGGCACUUUCAGGGGGGCCAUUUCUGCUCUGACCCAAAUUUUGGCCCAAGCACAGAAGCAAAGAUAGUCAAGACAAUAACAGGACUCCUAAUGGCACCCAGAUACUAUUUAUUUACUUGAGGGCAGUUUCACGACUGCCUGUGUGAGUGAGAGUGUGUUACAGUACGACCAACUGGUGUGUCAGUGGAAAGCUACUACAAAAACAGCCUAGGGAGUGAUGAUACCAAGGUACACUGAGUAAAUAACUAUAUUUAGAUUAGAUAUUUUAUUUAUUUUUGAAAGAUGAAUGUCUGAUAAGACCUACCCGAUGCCUUAAUGUCUAUACUGUCCUUAUGUUUUCUAUGAAAUAAGAGAUAAAUAUUCUAUUUCAGUAUGUCUGUUUGGACCUGCAUCUCUAUAUUGUUAUUCUGUUGUGGAAAGUAAAAAGCCUAGCUUAAAAUAAAAACAAAAAAAAUCCAGAAAUGUACGAAACAGUGGGGCUGUUUGAGGUCUGAUUUAUCGUAUUAAUAUUAAAGUAUUUUCUUAAUUAAUAAUUUCUUAUUUAUUCUAACCUAGUUUAUUUUUGUCCAAUCAAAGAGCUGGACUUAAAGAAAUAUAUUUCUAAUUGUCUUUAAUUAUGCAUGUCUUUAGCUCAGAUCCCACAACACCAGGCAUCUGAAUGCACUGUACCUCCCACCGUUCCUCAGUCACUUGAGCCUGAAAACCUCACACACUCCUACCUUCGAACCUUCAGCCUGCUGUGAUAUCAAAACUGUCGAGUUUAUGUGACAUCAGAGGGGUGGAGCCAGCAAAAAAACAAAAAGAAAAAAUGGCGAGGUUGGGGCACAGUUGAGACGGUUUCCGAUCAAGCGGUGAGGGCUGGAGUAAAAAGGGGGGGCUGCCAAGAGAAAGUACGGGGAGAGAGGCCAGCAGCUACAUCUGGCACCAUUAUUGAGGUUCACUGGAGGACCAGCUGUGGAGGAAUAUAACUCUAAUUCAGACAGUCCAAAAACCUGAUCCAGCUGUGCAGAGUUAUGUUUUCAAACCUAAAUUAGAAGUUUAGUUUAGCGCACUUAAAAGAAACUUUCAAAACUCUUCCCAAAACUUUGUAAACUCGACAAAUUCAGCUGCUCAUCUUGAUCUCCGCUCUUGGCUGCCAGAUGUUUUGCUCCCGUUUUCCGACUUCCCCGACUCUCGCGGUCUUUGUCAUCCACUGUGCCGACUCCACGUGGCUCACGACCCCUUUAGUGUACAGUAGAUUGUAAAACUUUGAACCAUGUUUGAAUGUAUCGCUGAGCUGGCGGGGAAACACCGCGUAAACACACAGUGUGGGGGGAAAACGGUUUUCACAGAGUCGUGUAAUAUUAGAGCUGUGCCACGCUAAGUUGUGGUAUCUAUUUAUCUUCAGAGUCUUGAAUGUGUAAAUGAUGUACAUAAGAGAGUUUAACUAAAGAAGUCUAUUGAAAAUACAUAGAGGACUUAGAUUUUACCAAUGUUGCAAUGAUAUUCCUGUGUAAAGACUUUGGCUACAGAUUUUUCAAAAAGGGGCAGGGUUUUGCUUUGGGCUUGUACAGUGUAUUGUAUGCUUUUUUUCUCCCUCACAGUCUGACUAUAUAAAAAAAAUACUCUGUCUAUUUUAUUAUAGAGAUCUCUUUGCCUUGUCGACACACUUUACCUAACGGCAUAUGCAAUAGUGACAUGACUACAAGCUAGUUUACAACCGUGGAACCAAAUGUAACAUUGCAUUCAUGACUUUCUUUUUCUCGUCGUGUCGAGCUGAAGCUGUUUUUGUUUUUUGUUCCUUUUUUUUUUUGCUCCUUGUACAUUUCUCUUUCUGCCAAGUGUUUUGUUCUUAACACGUCUCAAAGCACCCCCCCUCCCCCCGUGUGUGUCCAUGUUCGGACUCUGACCCGGAUCGGCUCAGUCUGAAUGUGUCAUUGUCUUCCAUUGUACAUAGUUCAACAUACUGUUCAUUGUGAUGCUCACAAGAGAUGAUUAUAAUGAUUUAUAAAUUCUGGUAGUCGAGUAUUGCUUUUGUCUGUAUUGAUUAUGGAUAGCGACCUACAGAAAUAAAUGAAUUUAUUUAAAGAGGUACA